AUGACUGAAGGAACUCAAAUGUCGAACCCAUCCGAAAGCAACCUGAAUAUGUUCCCCUCAGAUAGUAGAGGCGAGCCGGCCUCGACACAGAGCCACGUUGAGACCUCCCGGUCGUUGGACCCUCGCAACUCGCUAGAGGAUUACAACCGCACAAUGCUGGAUUACACCCAACGUCAAAUAUCCUCCUUUGUCGAUCGGGAUGAUGGAAACAAUAGCAGUGGCAGCAGCAGCCGGAGCAGCGGUAGCAGCGUUCAUAGCGGCCACUCCAACAGCGGUAGCCUGGCUCGCCAGGCCAAUGGUCCUCCCCCGACUUCCGCCAGUGCUGCUCGUCAUGCAACCGAGAGAGCCGAACGCAAGUUGGCCCAUGAGGCUAAGAACACCGGAUUCUAA